UGUGUCCUCCAACUGUUGUAUGUUCUGCCAAUCGCUUGAGGACAGAGUGGGGAAAGGAGCAAGCAGAGUUAGAAGCCGGACAAAAGAACUUAUAGAGCCCUUAUGUACAUAUUUUCCUCAUGUUUUAGAGCGCAAAAACAGCUGCGGUGAGCGCGGAUGGACUUGUCUGUGUAAGUUAUGGAGCCCCCUUUAAGCAAGAGGAACCCGGCGAUAAGAUUAGCGGAUUUGGCAGCAACUCAGCCCCUUCCUCAUCAGAAUAUGACAGGCUUCCCGGGGCUAGGGGGGCAUCACCCUCUCUCCCACCAUGCCCACCUCCACCCUGGGGAGCUGGGCAACGACCCCGGAGUGGCACUCACUCCAUUUGGACCCGAGCACAUGGCACAGACAAAUGCUCUCAAACUUAGCCCGUCUCAGCACAUUCAGAGCCAUCCCGAAGCCCAGACCGCGACAUCUUUCACUCCUGCUCAGACCACAGUGGGUUUCCCCGUGGCUCACCCCCACUCAGGCUACUCAAGCAGCAGGGACUUCAUCCUCAGGAGAGAACUCUCAGCCUCUGCUAUGCAUGCACUUGGCGACCAGCAUAGUUCCGCCUCCUCCCCUCAUCACCAUGGCAUGUUCAUCUCGCCAACAGGUGCUUACGGCCACGCGGAAAGUGGGGCCCAUUCACUUUUUACUGGACUCCACGAGCAGGCGUCCCCGGGCGCCCACCACCACCAUGCCCUCAACGGGCAGAUGCGCCUGGGUCUGCCGGGGGACAUCUACGGCAGGCCGGAGCACUUCGGGCACAGGCCGGAGCACUAUGGAGCGUCCUCCCUGCACAGCUACAACUCCAUGAACCUCAACGUCAACAUCGCCGCCGCCGCUCCUCACGGAGCCGCGGGGGCGUUUCUGAGAUACAUGCGGCAGCCCAUCAAGCAGGAGCUCAUCUGCAAGUGGAUCGACCAGGAGCAGAGCCAGAAGAAGCCCUGCUCGAAGACGUACAGCACCAUGCACGAACUGGUCAACCACGUCACGGUGGAGCACGUCGGCGGACCCGAGCAGAGCAUGCACGUCUGCUUCUGGGAGGAAUGUCCGCGGGAGGGGAAGGCUUUCAAGGCAAAGUACAAACUGAUCAACCACAUUCGAGUUCACACGGGGGAGAAGCCCUUCCCGUGUCCGUUCCCUGGAUGCGGGAAAGUGUUCGCCCGGUCGGAAAACCUCAAGAUCCACAAGAGAACCCACACAGGAGAGAAGCCCUUCAAGUGCGAGUUUGACGGCUGCGACAGAAAGUUUGCCAACAGCAGCGACCGCAAGAAGCACUCCCACGUCCACACCAGUGACAAGCCCUACUACUGCAAGGUGCGCGGCUGCGACAAGUCCUACACGCACCCAAGCUCCCUGCGGAAACACAUGAAGGUCCACUGCAAGUCCCCGCCGCCUCCCACCUCCACCAACGUCACCUACAUCUCCUCCGCCAACCCCCUGGUGGCGGAGCACAAUCUUUCGCCGGGCUCCGAAGUGCACCGGAACCGCUCGGCGAACCUCUCGCCGCAGGUCACCAACCUGAACGAGUGGUACGUGUGCCAGGGGAGCGGGGGGCCCAACCACCUGCACACGCCGUCCAGCGAUGUGCCGACAUCAGAUUCGGACGAGGAUGACUCUUUCAGAGGCUCAGACCCGAGGACGAUGCUCUGAUUGCUUGUUUACAACCUGGAUCAGACUGUCCGACUCGUCGAUGAGUUGACCCAUUUAUGAGCGUUGGCUACCAGAACCGAGAGAUGCAGCCUAAGGCUAAAACCAUCCAAAUAGCAUUGACACUGGGUACAUUGCAGGCCCCCUAAUAAGAGGAGGAGAUUUCACGGAGGUGACCCCAUGACCUUUAAACUAUAUAUAUAUAUAUAUAUAUAUAUAUAUAUAUAUAUAUAUAUAUAUAUAUAUAUAUAUAUAUAUAUAUAUAUACAUACACAUUGAACACAGAACCUUAAGUCAGACUUUAUCUUUAAAGAACACUUUUUUAAAAACUGCACUGAUGUUAUAGACACAUUUUAGCACAUUCUUACAUUUUGACUCAAAAUUGCAUUUUUUUACAUGACCAUAUUUCUCAUCAUCUCACACUAGGAAGGGAAAGCCUCACAAAUGACAACAAGCUGUUAUCAGAAAGAAGAAACGAGAGAGAAAAAAAAAAAUCCUGGUUUUGGCAAAAGUGAUCAACCCAGUGUCUGAACUGUGCUGAUUUUUUCAGAUUUAUAAAAAUACGUCUUAUACGGGAUUUUUGUUUUUGUAAUAUUUAAGAACUAUUUAAGACUGUAUUUUAUGCAAACACACACACCUACACACAAGCGUAAUGCUCAUUUAAAGAGUCCAGUUUAAAAAAAAAAAAAGUCCCCUGAGACCCUAAAAAUGUCGACUCUGUAAGGAUUUGUAAAUAUGUAACUGUACCGAUGCUUGUGAAUGUUGUGUAGUUUUAAUGAUGGAGGGGUUUGUUUUGUACAUUGUAACUUAUUUGCUGGUGUCCGUGUUGUUAACUGGAAUUACAGAAACACCAAAGAAUCCUAUUAAUAAUAAUAAUAAUAAUAUUAAUAAUAUCAGUUUUGGUGGUGUAAAGAGCCCUACUGAUGUUGAGGAAUUUUUAUUUCUUUUUUCUUUUUUUUUUUGCAAAUUUAUGUUAAACUUUUUCUUAAACCCGUGCUCUGUAAAAGAUGAAACCAUCUACCUGGAUAGGCCGUGAAAUGUGAAAAAAGUCCCUGCUCUCGCAUGCCUUUUGUAGUGAUGUGUCUUUCAUAUUGAGGUGCAUGAUGCCAGUGGACGGUGUGGCUUAAGGACAAAAAAAAAAAGAAAAAAAAAGAGAGAGAUAUAAAUCAGUUAUGGCUGUGCAGACCCUUGAUGUUUCAGAUUUAAUUUACAACACAAAACUCUUGGUAUAUUUAAUAAAAACAGUCAGGAGGAA